UGUCUCUUGAAGUUCAAGUUGCGUGAACUGAAAAGGUCUGGUUAAUUUCAGUUCCAAUUUAACUAUCUGCGGACAGUAUUCGUGAUUUUAUUGGAACAAUAGCAGUAAUUGAAGAUUUAAUAGUUUCUAAUUGAAAACGAAUAACAAAUUCAUCCCAAUUAAGGCUCAGUAAUUUCGGAAAGUUGGAUAAAACAGUGAGCUUGAGAAAGCUGUGAAGUUCGUUAGGUGUUCGAAUGGAUUUUUCAUAUUGAAAAAGUGCCCGCUAAAUUAUUAAGCCUGCGAAAUGGCACCGUCGAGGAUACGUUGAGAGAAGAAUCGUUCGUCAGGUUGAAUUUUCCCAAGGAGGCGACUUAUCAAGGGUGCGAGGACGGGGGCGACGUCAUGGACGCCGGAAAAGCGGACACGCACGGCCUGGAUCGAGGUGGCUGGGGAAAUAAGUUGGACUUCCUGUUCUCAUGCAUCAGCCUGUCUGUUGGAUUAGGCAACGUCUGGCGAUUCCCGUAUUUGUGCUACAAGAAUGGCGGAGGCACCUUCCUUCUCACUUACACCGUUUCGAUGUUCCUAUGUGGCAUUCCACUCUUCUUUCAAGAAGUAGCAAUUGGACAGUAUUUGGGCUCAGGUGGUAUGACCUUUGUGGGACAAUUAUGUCCCCUCUUCAAAGGGGUUGGUUAUGCCAGUAUGACCCUAGUUUUCUUACUUGAUGUUUAUUAUUGUGUGAUCAAUGCUUGGACGCUUUUCUACCUCAUCAGUAUUAUUUCUUAUUUACCUGACCUUCCAUGGUCCCACUGUGAUAACUGGUGGAAUACGGAUAACUGUUUUUCAUCAGCAACGAACUUAUUGAAUAAUACAAUCAAUGGUUCAGCCAGGUCCUCCCCAGUCGAAGAAUAUUUCGAGCGCAGAGUACUUGGCAUAACGAAGGAGUUGGAAGAUAUUGGUGGACUUCAAUGGGGUCUCUUUGUGUGUUUGGUUAUUGGAUGGCUGUUUAUCUAUGGGGUAAUACGCAAAGGACUGCAUCAGAGUGGCAAAGUUAUUUGGUUCAGCGCCCUGUUUCCCUACGUUGUCCUGUUCAUCCUGCUGGGGCGGGCAGUGACGCUCGAAGGCGCUGGUAAUGGCCUCCUGUAUUACGUGACGCCCCGCCGGGACGAAUUGCUAUCUCCAGGACCCUGGAUGGAGGGGACGACGCAAAUUUUCUUUGCAUAUAGCAUAGGAUGCGGUGCUCUGCCUGCUCUCGGUUCUUAUAAUAAAUUCCAUCACAACAGUUACAAAGAUGCUCUAAUAACAUGUGUUGUGAACACCUUGACAUCCAUCAUUGCCGGAGUUGUUACUUUCGCAAUCCUUGGACACAUAGCUCUACAACAGAAUGCUGAAGUGGCGGAUGUGGUCAAGAGUGGUCCCGGCCUAGUAUUUCUGACAUAUCCUGGGGUUGUUCUGGAGUUACCAGGAGCACCGUUUUGGGCUGGAAUGUUUUUCAUUAUGCUUCUGGUCUUGGGGAUAGAUAGUCAGUUCUGUUUAGUAGAAUCAUUCAUUACUGGAUUAUUAGAUAAUUGGUCCCAGGAACUGAGACCUUACAGGAUGCAGUUUACAGCAUGUGUUUGCGGAGUUAUGUUUGUUCUAGGAAUACCUAUGGUCACUCAGGGCGGAAUGUAUAUUUUCCAGUUGAUGGACUACUAUUCAGCAAGUGGCAUAUCACUCCUUUGGGUGUGUUUGUUCCAAACUAUCGCUCAGUCGUGGAUUUUUGGCGUUGAGAAUCUAUGCGAUUGCAUCGAGCAGAUGAUGGGCAUACGGCCUAACUGGUUUUGGAAGUUAACAUGGAAGUACAUCUCACCAGCAUUGAUGCUUAUAAUAUUGAUCAGCCAGUGCGUGCAGUUCCGGACUCUAUCGUACGGAGAUUACGAGUAUCCGAUUUGGGCUAACGUUAUUGGAUUAUGUUUGAGUUUGGCCUCCAUGAUGUGGAUUCCAGUGUAUGCCAUAUAUUACGUUAUAAAAGGCCCGGGUACUUUAUCGGAGAAUUUGAGAAAUGGACUUAAAUCUACCGUGAAGCCUAGAAAAAUUGCUCAGAAGGAAAAAGAAGUGCUUGCCUCAUUACCGGUGACAGAAAGCAAUGUUGGCCUUUUGAUACCCAGCAGUAAGCAGUGCUUGAGUGAAGAGACUUAGUUCAGCUCAUAGAUCUCUGUAGUGAAUUUCUGAUAUUUUUUUUUACAAAUAAUGUGAAAAAUCGAUUUCGAAAGUGAAAAUCUUACUUAAUUUUUUUUUAUUUUCUGACAUUCUCUCCCCAUAACAUGUGCGGUAUUUCGAACUUAAUAGAAUAAUAAAAAGAUUAAUGGUAAUCAA